AUGGCCGAUGCAAAUAAAGACAAUGGAAUCAGUGAAUUUUUUUAUGGAAAAUCUUUGUUUUUAACAGGUGGAACUGGUUUUGUUGGAAAACAAAUCAUUGAAAAACUUCUUCGAUCAUGUUCAGAUAUUAAUCAUAUUUAUAUUCUUAUAAGAUCAAAACGAAAUAAAAAUAUUAAUGAUCGAAUCAAUCAUUUAUGUUCUUUACCUUUAUUCGAUAAAAUUCGUUCAUUAAAUCCAAAUUUUCAAUCGAAAUUAAUUCCAAUCAUUGGUGAUUUAACGAAAGUUAAUUUUGAUUUGAGUUGUGAAGAUGAACAAUUGAUCAUAAAUAAUUGUCAUAUGAUUAUUCAUUCAGGUGCUUCGAUUCGAUUUAAUGAACCAUUUAAAGAAGCGAUUAAAUCGAAUGUUUUAUCUGUUCAAAGUAUUAUUAAUUUAUGUAGAAAAAUGAAACAAUUACAGUCGUGUGUUCAUAUCUCGACUGCGUAUGUUCAUUGUUAUCGAACAGAUAUUGAGGAAAUUAUUUAUCCAACCAAUGAAAAUCCUCAAUUAAUUUUAGAAGCUUUAGAAAAUCUCGAUGGGAAAUUAUUUGAUCAUUUAGCAUUGAAAUCCGCGAAGAAUUAUCCAAAUAUUUAUACAUAUACAAAGUCUUUAUCUGAAUAUUUGAUUUUUCAACAAACAAAAGAUUUACCAUUUGCGAUCAUUCGUCCUUCAAUUAUUGGUGCAACAUGGAAAGAACCAAUACCAGGAUGGAUUGAUAAUUACAGUGGAACAACAAGUAUUCUCACUUCAUUGGGAAAAUGUUUAUUAAGAUCAGGUCAAGCUAAUUCACAUAUUGAUCAUCCAUUAAUUCCAGUUGAUAUUGUUGCAAAUAUGACAAUAGCUAUUGGAUGGAUUACAGCAACUAAAAACAAUUUAUUAUCAAAUCCAAUGGUUUAUAAUUGUUCAACUGGAUCAAAUUAUAAGACUUGUGUCUCAUUUUCUGAUUAUGUUGAAAUUGUAAUUCGAGAACAAAAAUCAAUUGGAUUUGAGAAUUAUCGAAUAAUUCAACCAAAUCUUUAUCUUACAACAACAACACCCUUUUAUUAUAUUCGACGUUUCUUCGAAGAAAUCCUUCCCGCAUAUUUAAUUGAUUUCUUUUGUUUAUUAACAUUUCGUAAAACAGGAAUGGUCAAAUUAAAUAAAAAAAUUUCAAAUGCCGUAGCCACUUUAAAUUAUUUCGCAUCGAAUCAAUGGAUAUUUUCUAAUCAUAAUAGUCAAUUUUUAUUAAAUCAAAUGACAGAUUUUGAUAAACAAGAAUUUCAUUUCGAUGUUAAAGAUAUUAAUUGGACACUUUAUCUUCGAAAUUAUUGUAUUGGAGUGAAAAAAUAUUUAUUAAAAGAACCGUUGUAUCAAUCGAAAAAAUCAAAAUUAACUUUGACAAAAACUAUAAUGCGAUAUUUUCUUUCAAUGUUAUUUUUCUUGGUUUUCACAUGGCUUACUCGAAGAUUCUUUCCAAUUCGAAUUCCAUCAUUCAAAACUAUUUUUUAUUAG